GCAGCUGUGGGGCUCUGGAAAGGGCCAGAACAUGAAGGGACCCAGGAGCCUGGUGGUGACAGCUCUGGCCCUUCUUUUGGUGUUGUCUGUCCUGGAAAACUGCAGUAGCGCUCCACAGAGACUCUUUGAGAGGAGAAACUGGACUCCCCAAGCUAUGCUCUAUCUGAAGGGCGCACAGGGCCGCCGCUUCAUCUCCGACCAGAGUCGCAGGAAGGAGCUCGCCGACCGGCCACCUCCAGAAAAACGAAACCCACAUCUUCAACUGCUGACUGUCCCAGAGGCUGCAGCUCUGUUUCUGGCUUCCCUGCAAAAACUACAAAGAGAUGAAGGAGAGAAUUUUGAUCAAAACAAAUUCUUGGAAGACAGAUUGUUGAACUGGUGAAAAUCCACCAAGACACAUUCAAGUGUAGGAAGUGGCUCAUCUCACAGCUGCCCCAUACAAUCUCGUGCUGUAUGUUCCAUGCUGCAGUGUAAGUUUGUAAAAGCUGUCUAAAUGACUGUAGCUACUCAAGUGAUACCGUCUCCUCAUCACAUCCCUGAGACACUCCUCGGUCCAGAUGUGUCCAGAUGUGCUCGGAAGUGAUGUGGCCCCCUCUCUCCAGUUUGAUAAACAUUCCAAC